AUGCAACCCUCACAGUCAGAAGUGAAGCGUGACAUGGACGAUGGUGAAGGCGCACAACUUAUGAAGCUCUCAAUUGGAACUCCACCACAUGAUAUUUAUGCUGUGGCGGAUACAGGAAAUACGCUAUUAUGGACACAAUGUGAACCAUGUCCCGGUUGCUACAAGCAGAAGAAUCCUAAAUUCGACCCGAAAAAGUCCUCAACAUAUGGGCUCCUUCCAUGUGAUGCACCAGAAUGUAACGUUGAGAAUGAUCCUAGGUCUUACUCUUGCUCAAACUCAUCAAUUGAUGAUCAUUAUCAUCAAAAGGUUUGCAAUUACAAUUACUCUUAUCUGGACGAAACAGCUACCGCAGGAGUUGUGGCCAGAGAGACAGUUACCUUGACAUCCACGUCAGGGAAGCCUAUUUCCUUCAAAAAUAUUGUGUUUGGUUGUGGACAUAACAAUACCGCGAUGGGUACUGCCUCUCCUGAAAAUGAAAUGGGAGUAGUUGGGCUUUCAUUUGGGAACCUGUCCUUUGUUUCUCAAAUUGCUCCCUAUGUUGGAGGCAGAAAGUUCUCCCAUUGUUUCGUGCCGUACGAUCCUGGUCAUCCGAAUGUGGCAAGCAUGAUGAAUUUUGGGAAUGGGAGUGAGGUUUCAGGUGAAGGUGUGGUCUCAACACCUUUGAUCAACAAAGAAGACAAUAACUUAUAUUAUGCGACAGCUGAAGGAAUUAGUGUUGGAGAUAAGUUUGUGCCUUUUAACUCAUCCGGGUCUGUUUCAAAAGGGAACAUGCUUCUUGUCUCAGGAACACAAGUGACCACAAUACCACAAGAUUUUUAUGACGGGUUGAUACCGCAGGUAAAGAAGGCGGUUGAUCCAACCUGGUUGAAACCCAUUGAAGUAAAUGACACAAACCCUAGAGAUGGAGCUCUGCUUUACUAUAAUACGACCAUGGACCAGCUCAAAGGACCAUCACUGACAGUGCAUUUUGAUGGUGGUGCUAAAGUGCAGUUAUCACCAGCACAAGCCUUCUAUCGAUAUCACCAACAUAAACUGUUGUGCUUUUCAGUGCUGAACGCCACUGAAGCCACAAACGAUAGUGUUUCUAUUUAUGGAAGCUAUGCGCAGUCCAAUUUCUUGAUUGGUUUCGACCUUUAA